AUGGGUUCAAAUGGUGUUGCAACCAUUACCAUUCUAAUUCUCUCCAUCAUUAUAUUUUUCUUCACCACCCUUAGCUCUGCUCAGGCACCACCGGCCGUGUCACCACCACCGUCGACUUGUCCUAAUCUGCGCGUUUGCGUCUCCCUGUUGCAAAAUCUGGUGGGCAUUGUGGUCUCCCCUUUACAAUCCAAACCUUGUUGCUCCCUCAUUGCUAAUCUUGUUGAUCUUGAUGCUGCACUGUGUCUUUGCACAGCCAUCAAGCUUAAUGUUUUGGGGAUAAACCCUAAUAUUCCCUUAAACUUGGCACUUGUUGUUUGUGGACGUAACACGUCCAUUAACUUCGUAUGCAGUUAA